CCGCCGCCUCCUCCACUCUUUCCGUCCACUCGUGGGGCGGAGGUUCUUUCAGGACAUCACUCUGCAGCAUGCCCGCAUCAUUCUCUCGUUUGCAGCUUGCUGCAGCCCUCAUCGAGUACGACAAUGACCUGGAGGACCCCGAGAAACCAAAGAGGUCUGCUCAAGAGAGCGCCAUAUUCCUCCCCUUUCGCAACCGACCGCUCCGACCACCUGCUCCCGAGCGCAGGAGCACCGAUUACCUCGGAGUCGCCCUCCCGAGCGAGACUGGUAGCAUCGCUCCCCGUGACUCUCUAGCUUUUGACCGCAGAUCGCGCGCCUCGAUCGACGCCCUCCGCAAUCCCUUUGCUCGCGAAUCGACCUACGAGGGAGGACUCGAUGACGACGAAGAGGAAGAACUGGAGGUAGACUUGGCGUCAUGGGGCCUGGACGCUCUCGUGCCGAAGGAUAAGCCCAAACACUCGCGCAAGAAGACAAAGUCGGAUGCCCUACCCAACCCGUACGAGCAAUCAGUUCCUGUGCGAGAGGUGGGCAAGCCGCAUGCGCCGCAUACGAGGGCCAUGAGCGUGAACAUGCUGAACGGCCUCGGCGACGGCGGGGCCUUCCUCGACUCGCACUCUAUCACACCUCCACCGCUCGGCCCCCGCCGACACUCUAUCGGCGACCCGCUCAAUGUCCCCACAUCCCAUUCUGCGGACAACAUGUUCCCGCCGCGCUCGCGCUCUCGCAGCCCAUCUGCGCAUGCGCUUAUCGACAAUCUACCACUGCAUUCCCCCCUGCACUCCGUGCCGUUCCCAUCAAGCGAGACAGUCCGCUCUCCGUCCCCGCAAGCGGACGGGGCGGAGCGGCCACGGGCACAGUCCUCGCUUAGCAUGGGCUCGCGUGCACUCCUGAACGACGAUCUCCGCUUCGACCCCAGGUCCGCCCGAGGGCGCACGCUCUCCAGCGGCUCCAUGAGCAACAUGCUCGUCGCCGAGCCUCAACAGGCGGACGAGGACAACCCGUUCGCCCUUCGUCCCCCGUCUCCCUCUCGUAUGUCGCGCUUCGACCCGAAGGCGCAGCGCGCGCGCACGAUCUCGCAGGGCACGCUUGCGACGCAGAUGAUGCUCGACGACCGCGACGCGCAGCUGGAGCGCGACGUGCGCCCGCCGCAUGACCGCCGCUACUCGCGCAUGGAGCUCAUGCGGCCCAAGGUGCUCAUCAUGCCCAGCCCGCUGCAGUCUCAAAGCACGUCGUCCGCACAGCCUGGCGUGCGCGCGAAAGAGGGCUUUGAGCUCUCGACCGAUGGACGUCCGCUGCCUCCGGGCGCACGGGCGGCGCGCCGUUCCUCCGUGACGCUCUCCGUGCUCGAGCCUGGGCUCAAUGCCACCCCAGUCGCGUCGAACUCGUUUACGCCGAAUCCGCGUAGCAGUCUCACACUCUCGCAGCUCGUGUUCCGGAAUACGCUUAUGGUUGACGGAGAGCGCGACGUCGCGUAUGCCGAUAUCGAGGGCCACAUCAAGCGCGCUACGGAGGACGGGGAGAAGGUCGAGCUUGAAUCGGAGCCGGAGCCAGAGAUCGCGCGCGAGGUGCCCAUCGUGCAGGUCGAGGAGCCCGGUCAGAAAAGGCCUGUUGGCAAACUGUAUGGGCGCAGCCUCAUCGACGACCUCGAAGCGCGCAAGGCGGAGAUGCGCGGAAAGCAACGUGUAUUCCGGGGCGACGAACGGCCGUCGAUGAUGGCGCGCUCGAGCACCCUCAUCAACCCCGACGAGCUGAAGCGCCCGACGUCGCAGCAUCUCGCUAGCUUCAACUCGCAGCCGAAUCUCACACGGCGGAACUCGGUGAACGCGAAGCCGUUGCUCGAGUUCGAGGAGGAGCUUCCUGGGGCCCCGCGUAAGUCUAUGCUUCUCCCCGGGAGCCCUUCCGCCGGGGGGAACACCCGCUCUGUGUUUGGGGUGGACACGGUCUGGCAGCGCGAGCUCGCGAAGCUCAAGGUCAUCGAGGAGCAGGAGCGGCGGGAAGAAGAGGCGCGCAAGCAGCGCGAGGCCGCGGAGGAGGCGAAGAACGCGAAGAAGAGGGGCAAGAAGAAGGGCAAGGGCAGGGAUGGCGACGAGCCCUCCCCCGCGCUCACUGGUGCGGAGACGCUCUCGCCUGCGCUGAACGCGUCGCCUGGGGGUUCUGACGAGAAGCCCCCGACGCCGCCGCACGUCCUCCCGGAGAUCCCGAAGACGGUCAGGCGGCGACCCCCACCCCCUGGAGAAUUCGACGACGAGUCGGACGAGGAGAGCGACGACAGCGACGCUCCUGCCCCACCUCGCCGUGCACCGCAGACAUCAGGCUGGCACUCGGACGAGGAGGAGGAAGGCCCCCGGCGGACGACGGGCACGGGUCCGCGUUAUCCCCAGAGCGGACCCCCGCGCCUACCACAGGUUGUGCCGCAAGACGACGACAGCAGCGAAGAGGAUGUCCCGCUAGUUGCGACGAUUGGGCGGGCUGCGCAGCGACAAACGCGCCUCGGGUCCACCGCCGCGGACGACAGCUCAGACGAAGAUAAGCCGCUAACAGCCCUGCUCGACAAGACGAGGCAGAAACUUCCGUCUCUGGGCGGUAGCCAGCUCUCACCGACUUCAUUGCGCCCCGGGCCCGCUGACGAUGACGAGGACGAGGACGACAUGCCGCUCGGGCUGCGCGCCUCACGCAUACCGCCCGGCUUCGGAGCAGGCGGGGACGACGACGACGACAAGCCGCUCGGGAUGCACCCCGAGCAGCUCCGCAAGUCGCAGUUCUUCAUGGCCGCGCAGCAGCAACAACAGCAGCAGAUGCUCGCGCAGGCGCAGAUGGCGCAGAUGCAGCACGCGAUGAUGUACGCGACGCCGCCGUCGAUGAUGGGCUCGGGCUACUUUGGGCCGCCGAUGCCGCCGCCGAUGAUGAUGUACCCGCAGCUGCCGCCGACGCCGCCGCCGAUACAGGACAAGCUCGGGCGCGUCGACAAGUGGCGGCACGACGUCGCGGUCGAGGGCGAGCGGUCAUGAGCGCGGGCGCCCUCUCCCUCCACCCCUUCCUUCCGGAUACCCUCUUUCGUUUCAGCAUCGAGCAUCGAGCAUUGAGUACUCAUCACGGACUUGGACUUUUUCUUGUCAAUCUCUGGUGCUUCUGGAUGGUAACCGGUAUUCCUCGCUAAAUUCGCUUUGGCCGGCUUUCGCAGUCCCGUCAGCUUAGUGUUAGCGCACUCACUCCCUAAUUCUCCCCUCAUUCGGACAUCAGUCGUAUGUCGCAUACAAAAUCUCUCUCGCUCGUCGUUGUCUGCCGCAUGCAUGUCCGUAGCACACAUCAUCUCAUAUCAUAUCCCGCAGCAAG